AUGGCACAGUUCGUCCCGCGCGGGACGUUUCCCCACUAUGGAGCAAUCCCACGGUCUUACUUCCUUGGUCACCAUCGAGCUGGUCUGACCAAGAUGAAGAACAUGCUCUCCUCAAUCGACUACGUUGUCGAGUGUCGUGACUCUCGGGCACCUUGUACUUCCAUCAACCCCAUGUUCGAAGAGGCUCUGGGCAAGACAAGGCGAUUGAUCGUCUAUACUAAGAGAGAUCUCAGCAGCACUCCGGGAUCACCUGCACAAAAGCUGGCAGAAAAGAAGCUCCGAACAUACGAUCCCACUAGUGCCACAUUCUUCGUUAGCUCGUCUUCUCGCGCAGACGUAAACCAGAUCGUCAAACACCUUCGAAACGAUGCCCAAGCUCCCGAUAAGCUGGUUGGGUGUCGCGUCAUGGUCGUUGGCAUGCCCAAUGUCGGGAAAUCAACAUUAAUCAAUCACCUGCGAAACUAUGGAGUGGGUAAAGCAAAAGCCUUAAAGACCGGAGGCCAGCCGGGCAUUACAAGAAAAAUUGGAACCCCGGUGAAGAUCAUCGAGCGGGAGAGCGGCUCGCAUGUAUAUGUGCUUGAUACACCAGGUGUCUUCAUGCCAUAUGUACCAGAUGCAGAGAACAUGCUCAAGCUGGCACUUUGCGGCUGUGUCAAGGACGCUGUUAUAUCGCCUGUCACACUAGUCGACUACUUAUUGUAUAAGAUCAAUCUGCAUGAUACGCAGGCGUAUCAGCGUUGGUCAGAGCCUACGAACGAGGUUAUGCCGCUGCUCGAAAGGUUUGCGCAAUAUACCGGCCUGCUCGGCAAGGGGGAGUACCCAACAUAG